AUGACAAGCGUCGACGAGCUCUUCAAGAAACCCACUUCCUCAGGAAGCUCGAAGCGCAAACUCGAGCCCGUCCAGAACCCUAAUGAGCUCUACAAGUCAGCAAGGCUGGAUGGAACGAGCGACGCGAAACACAAAGCGAGGGAUGCGCGAGUAGAGGACGAUGAGGAGGACGCCGAAGCUGGUCCUGAGCUACCUCCUUCGGACGACGAAGAUGUCCCGGAGGAUGAGGAAGGGCGCUUCUUUGGUGGGGGGGCUAGAACAGAAGACCACGCAGGCAAUGCAAAGGAAAAAUUCGACACGACUUGGGCCCGGCGUUUCGCGAUCAAUUUCGAGCGGAAGAUAACGAAGAAUGCAGAGCUUCGCGCCAAAUUUGAAAACGAACCGCAAAAAUUCAUGGCUUCCGAAGCAGAUCUUGAUACGGAGAUAAGAGGGCUGUCGAUUCUAUCAGAACACUCAGACCUUUACGAAGAGUUCUCUAGGCUGGGAUGCGCAGGGUCGCUAGUCUCCCUGCUCUCACACGAGAAUGCAGAUAUCGCCAUCAAUGCGAUCCAAAUCAUAAGCGAACUGACUGAUGAAGAUGUGGCGGCUGAGCAGGGGCAAUGGGACGCCUUGGUCAACGCGAUGAUGGAUGCCGACCUCAUCGAACUCCUGACCCAAAACCUCUCUCGGCUCGACGAAUCAUCUGAAACCGAUCGAUCAGGGGUGUACUAUAUUCUCAGUGUUCUGGAAAACCUUUCUUCACGGACCGCGGUCGCAGAGAGACUGGGUCGGGAUGCCUCGGUCCUUCCAUGGAUCAUGGGUCGAAUCCAACAGAAGGAAACCCCAGUGAGUCAAAACAAACAGUACGCGACGGAGAUUCUGGCGAUUCUUCUACAAUCCUCCAAUCAAAACCGGGCAAGGUUCAUUGAACUUGAUGGGAUCGAUGUCCUCCUUCAACUCCUCAGCCAGUACCGCAAACGUGAUCCCGUGAAGGACUCGAAUGAAGAGGAAUAUGUGGAGAAUCUUUUUGAUGCCGUCGUUUGUCUCGUUGACGAAACUCCAGGAAAAGAGAAAUUCGUCGAGGCGGAAGGCAUUGAGCUGGCCCUCAUCAUGCUUCGCGAGGGUAAAUUCAGCAAGCCACGGGCGCUGCGCAUUCUGGACCAUGCUUUCAGCGGACCUGGUGGUCAAUCGGCUUGUGAGCGGUUUGUCGAGGCGGCAGGGCUCAGAACCGCGUUCGGGAUGUUCAUGAAAAAACAAGAACAUCAAAGCAUCGAACAUCUUUUGGGUAUUUUUGCUUCCCUCCUGCGUCUCCUCCCGGGUGACUCGGCGCCUCGGAUUCGGUUGCUGGCCAAGUUUAUGGAAAAGGAUUAUGAGAAGGUUGAGAGACUGUUCAAGCUUCGAUGGGAAUAUGUCACUCGGCUGUCGCCUGUUGAAAAGGCAAUCGAUGAUGAAAGACAAAGCCUUUCGCCGGAAGAUCGGGAGAUGUUCGCUGGGGAGUGGUUAUCUCGCCGGUUUGACGCAGGACUUUUCUCUUUACAGGCAAUUGAUGUGAUCCUCGCAUGGCUCGUGGCCGAAGAUACUGGCGCCAGGAAGAGAGUCAUCUCUAUUCUGACGGAUCGCGGGGAAAGCCUGGCCCUUCUUCGGGCGACCCUGCAAGAGCAACUUGGCGACCUCGAUGAUCAAGAGGCUGGCAACCAGGAUCUGGCCGACAUGCUGAACACGUUGAUUCAAUUUCUUUGA